GUGGGGAAAGUGUGUGUUGGGGGACAACACAUUACCGUGGGCGAAAACUCCCCAAGUGCUCCGCACCGCCCACUCCGAUUCACCCAACUUGAAAAGCUUUCCGAGGGGGGCUUUUGUUCGGAUUGUUCCCGUGCGAUUGAGCAAGCAGUUGUGGAAGGGCGGGGGUGGCGGGCGAGUGAGCAAACUUUGAGUACACCUGCCCCCCUUUUUUCUACUCGCCUCUCUCUCGGAGCGGUUCCUGCGCAGAGGAAAGGGAGGUGGGAUUGGCUGGAGGAAGAAGAGAGGAUGAGCGCAGUUUGAAAAUAAUACGCGGCUCUUGCCGCGGCUGCUUUAUGGGCCGUUCCAAGUGGUUGCGCAAUCGCCUUUCCUCCCUCCCUCCCUCUCUCUCUCUCUCUCUCUCCCGGCUCGGUCGCCCCCCUCCUCCCUCUUCCUCCCUCCCUCUCCUGGCCGGCCAAGACUCAUUCGCCUGCGAAUUCCUCUAGGGAGGGAUGGGAUCGGUGCUCAACCAGCAGUACCCAACGGGGGCGCGUAAAGGUGGAGAUGAGCCCGGGAAAUUGCCGGAACAAGAAGAAGAAGAGGAGGAGGAGGAGGAGGAAGAGGAGGAAUCCCAGGUUUUGCAUGGAACAGGCCAUUGCAAGUGGUUUAAUGUGCGAAUGGGGUUCGGAUUUAUUUCCAUGAUCAACCGCGAGGGAAGCCCCUUGGAGUCUCCGGUUGAUGUCUUUGUACACCAAAGCAAACUUUAUAUGGAAGGAUUUAGAAGCCUAAAAGAAGGAGAACCAGUGGAGUUUACUUUUAAGAAAUCUUCCAAAGGCCUUGAAUCAAUACGGGUAACAGGUCCAGGUGGGAUUCCCUGUUUAGGAAGUGAGAGACGACCCAAAGGAAAAACAGUACAGAAAAGAAAGCCAAAGGGAGAUAGAUGCUACAACUGUGGUGGCCUCGAUCAUCAUGCUAAAGAAUGUACUCUACCUCCACAGCCAAAGAAGUGCCAUUACUGUCAGAGUAUCACGCACAUGGUGGCAAACUGCCCACACAAAACUGUUCCGCAGCAGCCCACUAGUUAUCAGGGAAGAUACGAAGCAGAACCCCAGCCCUCCACAUCAGCAUUCCUGAGAGAAGUGGGAGGGGCUUAUGGCUACACAUCUCCGUCUUCUCAGGAAGGAAAAGCAGAAACCUUAGAACGUUCAGGCAGAUCACCUCAAGAAGCUGCUUCAAGGAAGGUAUCACCAUCACCUGAAGAACAAAGCCGGAAAGGGCCCUCCAUUCAGAAAAGGAAAAAAACUUAAAAGAGCUUUGAUCCUCACUUUUCAUCUCCUUACCCUCUUGGGAUUUCUACCUCACUUAAGCACAAGGAGAGUAAUGUCACAUGUCUGUUCCACAAGCGACCUCAAAUUCUUAACUACUAUUGAAAAACUGCGGUCUUCUUGCAAACAAAAAGCAGGCCAGUCACUCCAAGCAAAUUUCAUGUGAGCUGAAUGUCUUGUAUUUUACUGAAUUGAUUUAGACAUCAUGACAUACUAUGGUUUGUUGUGAUGGAAAUGAGCCACAAAGAGUUAGGGACUGUGUCCCCCUCCCCACUCCCUGACUCCUCAGCAGCCGCAAAGAGAUGUAUGAAGGUUUUGACUUCAUUUUUUAAAAAUGAACCACAGCUUGUUGUAUUGUCUAAACCCAACAAACACUGGCUGAUCUUUGCAGUGAUAACCAGCCAAUCUGAAAUAAUGGAUGAUAAAGUUGGCUUGUACAGACCAUAGUUAAAACCAAUCACAAUUCAGAAUAUAGGGUGAUGAAAACUAAACUGUGUGUUUUUUUUAAAAAAAAUGGAAGUAAAAUUUUCUGCUCUCUUGGCUAUACUGGAAGAGAGGAAGGGGGAGUGAAGUGCAUGAUUUAUUGAGUGAUUCUGAACUAGCCCUUUAACUGAGUGUUUGAUGUCUUGAAUGUAUACAUUCAAUUUCCUUGGAUGCAUUGUUCAUUAGCAAGCAAUAGUUUGAGUAAUUUUUUAAUAAUUAUUCCUGUAAUCUUUUCCUUUUAAUAUGCCACUCUUUGUUUAUUUUAGAAGAAAACAGGAGGAAAAAGAAGUGACAACUCUUAUUUAAUGGGAACCUAAAGAAACUUUACUACACAAAAUUACCAUGGUUGUGGUACUGACGAUAUUAAGACAUCCCUACAGGGUCCCGUGGAGGGUUUUGUUUCCUCCUCCCAUUACCUUGGUCACCAUUUUCUCUUUUUACUUCUCACAUUGAAAGGAUAAUGCCUUGAAGAUGCCUCCUUGUUGUCUUUUUUUUAAAAAAGGAUUUCCCCUCUCUUUCCCCUCCCCCAAAGACGAUGAAUGUGUACUUUUCUGUGCUGAUGUUUCAAAUAUUGUAUUAAAUUAAUAUGGUUUAAAUGCAGGUUAAUUGACUAUGAGGGAGAAUGUAUACAUAGAAAUGAUUGUUUGAGGGGUAUUGAAAUACCACCUUGAUUCUUUGUAUCUUGUGCAUACCUUGAGGUGUUAUGAAAGCAGCAAUAGCAGUAGCAACAGCAUCUCACCAGGCUAUACUGGUGCUGAUUGCAUAAACUGAACAGAUUUCUGUGCAACAUCACAAGCAAAAAUGUCAUGUGCAUGUUAUUUAACAGUUUUGUGAGGCAUUCAUCUAAAAAAAAAAGCCCAACCCAGUUAUGUAAUUAAGAUUAGAGAAUUGGUUUCAUGUCAGCGUAUUGUUUGGCCAUGAUCAGAGACACUCAUUUGUUCUAUCAGCCAAAGAAUUAUCACAAACCAGCAUCAUCUUCUGCUGUGCUGUUGUGAUUACCAUGUGCCUGUUAAGGAAAUACUCAACGUUCUUCUUGUCAGCUAGUACUUUCAACGCCUUCAUGAGUGAUCUCUUGGCCACACAGCAACUGCCCAAAUGCUGUAUGGUUAUGAAUGCUGCUGCUGCUGCCACCUACCCACCCCGAAAUGUCUAAGUCUCGAAAGCCUGAGGAGCAGGCACAGAUCUAUAUAACUUUGCUUGAAUUCCAUGACAGUGUUUGAGGAAAAAAUUCCAGUGGUUUAUACUGAAGUUCUCAGUGUGCUAUAAUGCAAAGUUGUUUUUUUGACGAUACUGAAUGUGAUAUGUAUAGCAGAGUACUUCCUUGCCUUAUGUAAGGUUUGUAAACUUAUUUAAGUUAUGUAGACAAAUCAAAGUGACAAUACGUAACCUUCUAGCAGGUAUGGUCACUGAGUUAAACAGCAAUGAUGCAAAACUCAGUUCACUUUGAAAAUGUAAACCAAAGUUUCUUGAUUCUUGCAAACUAACCAUUCCCCAGUUUAUAUACUUUAAAGUUCUAGAUCUUAUUAUUGUGAAAUAAAUAAUCCCAGCAGCCACAGACUGAAUUGCUAAGAGAGGCUAUCAAACCUGUCUUAUUAUUCGAAGUUUACAUUUUAUUUUUAUAUAUUGCAGGAUGGUCACUAUUACAAAAUAGCCUUCUCAGGACAAAGAACCUUGCUCAGGGAAAAUGCCAUGUGAUUCCUUUUUCUUUUACAGAUUUACUUGCUUACUCAGAACAAACCACCACUCCCCCCGAAAAAAAGCCUUUUAUACUGCUAUUUACUACUAUAUACAUGUUAUGAGCUGGUGAUAGUUACUACCUCUGUUUAUGUAAAAAUGAGUUUCCAACAACUUGUAUUCAAUUUACUGCAUUGUGUUUUCCUGUGAAAAUGAAAGUACAGUAUUUCUGUACAAAAGUGAACAUUUCUGACUUGAUGGUUACAAAUAUGGCUGAAUUUCAGAGUUCAAGGCAGAGAAACUCCUUCUUCCUGAAGUUCGAAGCCAGAUUGUUUACAUAGGGAGUAAUAAAGUUAUUCUGUUUACAGCAAACAACUACCUCAUACUUAACCAUAUAAGCAACAUCUUUGGGCUGCUCAAGGCUUAAAGCUGGCUUUUGAACUUAUGGUACAUACCUGUUGUUGCUUUUUUACAACUCUUCUGCUUUUAAUAUUCUCUGUUUCUGUAAUGUGCUUUCAUUGCAAAUUUGAGGGCAACUAUGUUCUUUAAAUUCAAAAUGAUGCAUCAGCUUGAAGUGGUGUGAAAGUCUCUCUUAAAGUUUAUAUUUGGUUUUCUGCUUGAAGGGUAGAUGGAUGCUCUUCACAAAUAACACAGAAAAGCAAGUGAUUUUUCUAAGAAAUUUCCAGCAGCUCUGCCUUGUAAUAAGAUCAUACCAUUCUGUUUUAAUUUUUGCUCCCUGUUAUUAAAGGUCAAAUAAUCUGCUUGAAUUAAAUGUAAACAUAGCUAGGGUAUAUUCUUAAAUGUAAAGACUGUAAUAUUUCUCUCAUUUCAGCUGAUGAAGUAUACUUACAAUUUUAAAGCUAAUCAUAUACAGUAGCUGAGCUGUGUAACACUAAACAGUGUAGCUUGUGCAAUUGCUGUAAAAGCAUCUGAUAAAAGUACACAUUUCUCAGUUUUCUUACUCUAGCAUUGGGCAAACCUAAGUAAAUACUGAUUUUAUGGCUCCACAUCUGGUGUCAGAAAUUAACACCAGUUGAAAUGUUAGAUAUCAGAGAUUAAUGUCAGUCAAAUAAGCUGUUGCUUGUCAGACUGACAAUGAGCUUUGAUCGGCUUUGAAGAUGAUAUUGUGAUUUUUGAAAUCCUGGUUUGUUGUGGCAUCUAAAUCAGUAAACUGGUUUGAACACUGCUUGCUCAUCAGGAUCCAAUUCUUUUUCUAGUUUAAAAGCAGCACUCACAUCUUCCUGUAACAUGUAAAUCAGGAAAAUAGUUUAACGAACCACAGUAGUGAUUGUCAGAAUGGGAACAUGGAGAUGUCCCCACUAACUAUCCUGUACUGGGGGAGGAAGAUCUAAAGACAGCUGGCAUAACUCUGUGGAUUAGAGCAUCUGUCUGUGAAGUGACUUCCAAUCCGUACUGUACAUCCUGGGAAGAGGGCCCAGCCAAAGUAAUCUGGAGUGUAUGUGGUCAAUACCUUGCUGAUACUUGUGUGGCCUUUUGUCAAUUGACACAACCCUAUAGCUCCACUAGAAGGAGGGACUGGUAUGCUACUUCUGAGCACUUGGUCCCUAAGAAACCCCGAUUGUGUCACCAUAAGGUAGAAUCAACUGGACAGUGUGUAAAUAAAUUGAAAAGAUCUAAAGGGGGAAGGGGCCUGAUCUGUGCAUGGGGUUUUCCACUGUGAUAGAGAGCUCUGUGCAAUUAGGUUCUCAGUCCUGAGAUAACUUCACAGGCUCUCCUUUUCAUACCUUCUGUCCUAGAUCCACAUGUGGAUCUCAGAGCCAGAGAUAGGCAGAGUUAACUGUAGACACAGCCUCGCUUAGUUGUAAUCAUGGGUUGGUAUCCAAACAAAGUUAACAUCUUCCUUGGUGUUGGUUAUGGAGCAGAGUGACCAAAUAUGGGCAGCCGGCUUGUUCUUGGGUUAAGAUUAUUAUUCCUGAAUUGGAUCAAUUUGAAGGUCUUAAAAUAAUAGGCAUCUGUAUCUUUAAAUGUUGGGAAACAGCAAAAAUGUCUCAUUAAUUGAAAUGGGGUCCCUGCCGCACACCCAGAUUGGAGCCUUCCUGCCCUCAGUAUAUGGACUAAUGCAUCAUUAGACUCUCCAGAUUCUAUAGUAAAGUUGGUAAGGGUUGUGCCCACUGAAUUGACCAAUAAUAUUAUGUGCACGCUUGUAUAGCAUCUCUUGGAUAUACCACUCUGGAAAGGGAAAGAUAACAGAACCAGUAAUUGGGUGCCAUUUUAGUACGAAAAUUAGCUCUAAAAUAUAAUUAACUUGCCAAGUAAAGGCUACUCAAUGAAAGAAAAAACUUUAAUUUGUUCUAGCUUUAUCCCAAAGUUACUUCUAGGACAUAGUUUUGUGGAUGGAGGACCAUAAAACUGUUUAUAGACCCUUUGACCUUCUUUGUAAGAAAAAUUAUAAAGAAUGUGGGAAGAUCUCGUUAAGUCUUAAAGCUAAUUUAAAUUAAUUUAUCUCUAAGAAAUUUUUAUCAUAAAAAUAUAUGUAUGUGUGUUUUUCUUCCCCUUGGGUUUUAAAGGAUGUGAGAGUAAUUGGGUAAAGGUGUAAGUGUGUGCAGAUGCACUGAGUUUAAUUUUACUAGAUGUCUUUAAUAAGAUUUGAUUAUUUUGUCUUUGUUUGCUUUCUGAACACUUGUUAAAUGUCUUGUUCUGUUUCAUGACAGCUUUUUAAAAGGUAUGCUGGUUGUGUUAUUUCUGUCGUUACUAGUUAGUAACAAGACGGUGGAAUAAGAACAAUAGCUUCAGUUUAGGCAAUUUACCAGGGGACGGGGAGGAUGGCAAGGAAUUUGUGCCACGGGGCCAAAUUCAGCCAUCUGAUGGCAGGUACCAUCUGGUCAGUCCCACUUCCAAGCCCAGAUUCAGAAGAGGGGUGUGGAAGAGCAGAUUUGAUGGCAAACGUGGCCAGACAGCAGAACAUUUGGGGGCUUCCCUAAUCCAAGGCUCCUCCAGUAACACUGGUUGCGGCCCAGCUUUGUGUGACUAGGAUUGUAAGCUUAAAGCUGCUCUGGAAGCACACCACUUUUCUUAUGAAGGUGCAAUGUGCCAGGCAGAGCAACAUAAUGAGAAUUAAGCUGAAUGUUAGAAAAUACUUGGACGUUAGCUAUGAUGGUUGCUUGCCUAAAAUGGCAAACUUAAGGAAAGACAUCAUAAUGGUUUUGACUACCUCUUGCAUUUUACUACUUUUUAUCUAAUAAGCUGGUUAACAUGUAUUACCAUAAUGGCUUGAAUCUGUUUUGUUCACAGUAGACUUAAUAACCAGAG